GUCUCCUUGCUGUCACUCCCCAAACACUGCACCAAGUAGCCUCAAGAGGACCUACUAGGUGUAGGAGGGGCAGCAAAGUAUAGUGGGUCCGGUUCUCCCACUCAGUGGGUGCCACCCGGGGACGGCAUUCUGAACAUUUCCAGUCCACACCCACUCCGUACCCUCUAACUGGUCGUUCACAUAUUACCCUCCAUUCCUCCGUAAUCAAUUUGACAUAUAACUAUCGUGUCAUGAUUACAAUUAUGUAAUCAUUUGGAACCCUCUCCUAAUUACCUAAUAUGUGGACGACCUUACUCUAAUAGAGGUACUCUAGAGACGACCCCUAAUAUAAGAGGUACUCUAGAGGUACUCUAUAGUAGAGGUACUCUAGAGAUACUCUAGUAGAGGGUAUCUGUGCUUCUGACGGGUCUUAGCCCAAAGGUUUGUCAGUCUCGAGUGAGAGUGUACUGGGUGGUGUUUGGAAACUAAACUAUACUUGACAGACUUACCACACACAAACUGACAGACUGAUCUGAGAAAAUUUUGUGAACUUGUGUUGGUGAGUUAUUUUUAUUUUAUCAAGAUUUCUCAGUAGAUUGUGGCUUUAUUUUAUUCAAGCUUUUUGUGUCAAUUCAUAAACGCGAACAUUAAUAUCACCAUUGCAUUUUCUCAUUAAAUCCUAUUCUCAGAAUUGACCACGGUCGGAACGAACUUCAAAAGAGGAGCUUUAGGAUUCAAGACAGUUACCUGUGAGCUCAAUGAACCGGGCUUAUGGGUAAACAACAAAGUGGUCCUGACAGUGACAAAGACAGGGACACAAGAAACUGCUACUUGCACCAGUGUAAGUGGAGAAAAGGCGUUCCUAGAUACCUCAUGCGUGUACGGAGCAGGGCAGAUUGACAGGUGGACAAUCAUGGGGGACCAAGUGAAGAUAAAGGCCAACAUCAACUACGACGGAACAGAAACUGCAGCCUUCAGAUGUGACGUAACUGUUGAUGAGGAGGCGUCUGAUUCAAAGCUCGUCUACGCUGAAGCACUAGACUACUCUGUUGUGAUAUCAAGCACCCACGUGUUGAAGUACGAGAACGGGGAACGUUACACGCUAGUGGGCAGUACGGGUAAGAAUCCUACGUUCAAACUCCAGCUUUACGGAGACAGUGCUGAGCCUCGCAUUACUGAUACUCUCUCAGCAACAUUGGAGUUUGAGGAUGAAAAUGGGGAUGUGUUUAUUGAGAAUGAUGGUUUUACAGCGACCAAAAAGACAACAGUUUUCCUUAAAUCAGCGAAGAUAACAUCGCCACAUGCUUUCACCUUGUACGAUUCUAACAGGGGCAACAAAGUGAAAAUGUUAACGAUUUAUCCCGAAUGUCCCGCUGGUCAGUAUUCCGACCCUGAGACUGGAGCCUGCACUACGUGUCAGUUAGGAGUGAGACCAGAAUCUGCUAAUCAGCUACAUGGUUGCCAGGCUUGCAGGGAGACAGGGACGAUGUGUCCGGACAAGGCUCGUGUAAACUGCAUUGCUAGAGUAGAGGGACAGUUCAUUAGAGGUGGAUGGAGUUGUCCAUCGUGCCCUGCAGGAACCUACGCUAAAGAAACGGCCGCGUCGUCCGGCAUUUUCAAAUGUGAACCUUGUGAGAUUGGAAAAUACAGUGCUGGAGCAAAAGACAUUUGCGGAGAAUGUUUGGAGAGUGAUAACAAGUAUACCCCAGCGGUGGGAUUCUCUGAAUGUCUUUUCUGCGGAGGGCAUGUUUCAGACAACGCGUGCAGUGCAUGUCCUGCAGGAAAAGGUAUUUCCGAUGGUAAAUGUAUUGAUUGUACUCCAGGGAAGUAUAGCAAGAGCGGGGCUUGUGUAGAUUGUCCAAAAGGCUCGUAUACAGAUGCUGCAGGAGUUUCUGGGUUUAAAAAGUGUGAAGCCGGACAGUAUCAAGACAUCGAAGGUCAAACAUCUUGUUCUGAUUGCUUAGCCAGUCGUGGAAAGUAUUCAGACGGAGAGGGCGCUGAGAAGUGUGAAGACGUAAAAUCUGGAUAUGAGAUUGUGGUUGAUAGCUUUAAUACAGGAAGAGGUAUAAGUCAGAAAGAAUGCCUUGCGGGAACGUAUGGUAACAAAGGAGAAACUGAUUGGAAAUGUCUGCCUUGUGAUGCUUCAAAGGGCUUGUAUCAAGACACACAGGGCCAAAACAGCAGUAAAAAGGUCGAAGCUGGUUUCUAUGUCAUUACCCCUGAAGGAGAAACAACAGGAGCAACAGAAGUAGCUGAAUGCGCGGCGGGGACCCACAGAACCGUGUCAGACACUACGUACACAGAGUGUGCUCCUUGUGAUCCUGAAUCAGGCAAAUAUCAGGACAGUCCUGGGCAGACUCACUGUAAAGAUGUGGAGCAAGGCUAUUACGUUGAGAGCAAAAUCGCGGUGAAACCUUGUGAGGCUGGCUCUGCAAGAGGGGAUGCAUUCUUCGUUGAACUUGAAGGAGAAACACAGUACACCGCAUGCAAGAAGUGCGAUGGGAAAAAGGGUCAGUAUCAAAAUGAGCCGGGAAAACCUACCUGUAAAGAAGUAUCUGAAGGAUCUGUAAUUGUGGCUGGAGAAGCAGCAAUUGCGGUUACACCAUGUGCCGAGGGCACUGCUAGAGGGCCUGCAUUCUUCGUUGAAGGAGAAACACAGUUCACUGAAUGUAAAAAGUGUGAUUGGAAGAAGGGUCAGUUCCAGAGCGAGGCGGGGAAACCUACUUGUAGAGAGGUGCCCGGAGGAUCCGUAGUAGCGGAUGAAGGAGCCAUUGUCAUAAAAGCGUGCGAAGCCGGCACAGCCCGUGGAGCAGUUUUCUUCAUCAUUGAAGAAGAAGAAAAGUUUAUAAAAUGUAGGCCCUGCGAUAUGGGUACCUACCAGAACUUACCGGGUAAAGAAGAGUGUGUCGAUGUUCCGCCUGGAAAGAAAGCAAUAGACGAACGAAAAGGAAUUGAGGAUUGUCCAGUUGGUUACAGGGAAGAAAGUGGCGUAUGCAAACUUUGUAUUCCAAAAAAUGGGGAAUACCAGGAUAAGACAGGGAAGAACUAUUGUGAGCGUGUCAAACCUGGCUAUUCUGCGCUAAACGGAUAUGAUCCACCAACAAUCUGUGCUGCGGGGGAAUACAGCAAGGACUACACAUGUGUCCUUUGUAACGCAGAGGAUGGAGUCUAUCAGGACGAAGAAGGGGGAAGUUUCUGCAAAGCUGUUAAUCCUGGUUAUGAGCUUGAUAACGGGGCUGUGGAGAAACCACCAGUAAAGUGCCAGAAAGGUCACUUCAGUAAGGGAUCUGCAAAAACGUGCACUCUCUGUGAUAGAGAUAGGAAGGAGUACCAGAACGAAGAAGGGGCGACUUACUGCAAGAUAUGCGCAAGAGGCAAGAUACUGGAUGGUGCCACCGUUUGUGAAGGUCUUGGCUGCAAAGAAGAAACUGCCUUGAUGAUAGAAGUACGUCCGGAUCCGUUCGUUUUCUCAGAGACAGCUGCUGGAGAGACCCUCAUCAUACCUUGUAACCUAAACAAUACAAAGAGUGCAGAAGAUAAGGUGUACCGUCACUGUAUAUUCGACGAGGGUAAGUUCGUUGCCAGAUGGGACACUCCAAACUAUGGAGCUUGCCCUACAGCAAAAACUGAAGCCCUACACGCGCUGAAGCAGCAGACUGACAUCCUGAACAGUCCAGAGAAACUUGCCUCUUUGAAUGACACAGAACUUGCCAACUCAAUGAAAAUGCUUUCCUCGGGGAUGGAAGACAUUAUAAAGGACGAGAAGGUAAACGGAACUGAAGUGCAGCUGACAUCUCGAGAUGUGAAAGACGUUGCAGGAACUCUAAACUCUAUCAAGAGUAUGAUAGAGCUACCGAAAAAGAAGCCUGCAGCGGAUGGCACGGUACAAACUGAGGAGGAGAAGAAGGAGAUGAAGGAAGCAACUAAUGCGCUGAAAACUACAAUGGCAAAGACAAUCGAUAAAGUGGCAGCCUCGGGUAAAGAUACUCUGAAGACAGUGGAUGAUACACAGAAAGAGAGUAUAAUUCACUCUGUGGAGGCAUUGGCUAAUAGCAUGGAAGGUGACGACGAACCAAUAGUUACUUCUACUCUUGCUGUACGAAGUAUCAGCAUGAAUCCUUCAAAACCAUCAGUAAAAUCAAGUAACAGCACAUCUUCUGGUUCUGAUAACACUGGAGAUGAAGAGGAGGAGGAGGAGUCUAUUUCUUUACCUGUUCCUGCAGGGAUGGCGGAAGGUGAUGCACCCAAGCUGGCGUUGGGAGACAUGACAGCCUCUGGAGCAUCAGUAGCUGUGUUCAGUGAGGACGCUAAGGACAUGUUCCCUGACCCUGAUACUGCUAUAGAUGAGGAUGAUGUGACUGAGACUGAUGAGACUGAUGCUGACGGGGAACCUGUCAAAGUCAACAGGACACUGAACUCUGCGAUUGUAUCGCUCGAGUUCAAGGAAGUAUCACAAGUACAGUUCAGUCUCACAAUGAAGACCAAUAGGAAUAAUGAUGAAUCAAAUAAAAAUAAGAAACUUGAACGAACAUGUACCUUCCUAAACACCACAACACAAAAGUGGAGCAGUAAAGGGUGUACCACCAGUAUUCACGGAGAUCCCCUGGACGGAAAUGUUAGAUGCCACUGUAAUCACAACACUAGUUUCGCUAUCUUACUCAGUAUUUCAGAUAUCGUAGACCACUCCCAGGAGCACGCCACACUCAUCAUGUUUUGUAUCAACGUUACUUUCCUCGUCAUCACCUUCUUCGCCAUAGCUCCUUUCAAGAAGUAUCGUAAGAAACGGCUUGUGGUUCUCCAAACUCAGCUGGUCUUGUCCCUUAUCUUAGCGAAUACUGGGUUUAUGUGUCUCAGCAAGAUCAAGAAAACUAAAGUCCAUGUGGAUAUGUUCGGGUACCCGACAGUGGCCCUGAACAUGCCGUGCUACGUGGGCGUGAUAAUAGUUCAGUACCUCUUCCUCGUUGUUAUGGCCUGGAUGUCCUGUUGUGCGUAUACUCUCUAUGGAAAGAUUGUUGAUGCAAUAAAAACGUUCGGAAAGGUAGACAGAUUCUACAUACACAAAUGUGUGGUCUUCUGUUGGAUAAUCCCGGCAAUUCUGCCCACUUCAGCUUUCUUGACUUCAGAGAUGAUGAACAACCAAGAAAACAAGGCGGCCGAUAUGCCAUAUAUCAUGAGCAGCUACAGCAAGAACAAUACAGAAUGCUGGGUUGCAAACCCCUGGAAGUGGGUGAGCUUCAUGAUCCCCAUGUACAUCUGUCUCCUCCUCAACUGUGGUGUUUUCUUCAUGAUCAUCAGGGUGCUCAUCCGGGCUGCUAGGAGUGGGUCUGGGAGCACUGGACUCGCGAAACAAAUCAAAGGAGCAGUGACUAUUGCAGUGACAGUAGGUGUACCCUGGAUCGUGGGAGUAAUGACCUUUGAACCCAUAGCCCUCAUUGGACAGUGGUUAUUCAUCAUCCUCACCGGUCUGCAGGGACCGAUCAUGUUCAUUGUGUUCGUGGUACUACAAGAGGAAGUACUGGGAACUCUCCUAAAACCGUGCGGUAUGGAGGUGCCGGAGAUACUGCAGUCAGCGCGGAGUACUACUUCCACCAGGAAGUCAAAUGCUGCUGUCAGCACUGUCUUCAACAGGGAGAAACCUUUUGAUCCCACGACGAUUGAUCCAGUAGCAGCGAAACAGCUGGAGGAACAGAAGAAGCUGGAGGAAGAGGCUCGAAAGAAUGUGUACUCAAACGAGAAUAUGGACGAUGCUGAGAUUGAAAGUCAUGGAUCUACAAGGAGCAACGCUCUUCUAGUGAAAUGUGAGAUUGAUGAUUCACUGCCGGUGGGAGUAGUUCCUACACCCAUCCCAACUCCUGAACCAAAAUCUGAUCAUGAUCAUCUCUACUACGAGUGUACACAUUUCCCUCACGACCCCGACGCAGUGUCCCUGGCCAGCAACUUCCCAGAACCAGUCACAGAAUGAGCGAAGAAGGACUCUAAGAACCCCAAAAAUGACGCUAAGAACCUCCAAAAAGGACGCUAAGAACCCAACGGAAUAACAGAUUGUCAAAACAUUUUAUGACGCUGAAGGUGUGACUCUAAAUAGCGAAACUGUUUUCGCGAUGUACAAAUUUUGAACAGAAUUAUGAAAUAAGCAAAGACAGUAUUUUCAAUAUUGAUGAAUCGGACGAAUUCGAAGACUAUAAGAUCAGUUUUAUAGUUUGAUUUCAAUUAUCGUAAAUAUCAAUAAUGCUACGACUUUAAACUGAUACAAAUUUAUUUUGUGUAUAGAAUUUUGAACAUUCUAUUUCUUUUUUGUUGUUGUUGAAAUUCAUGAAUUUAUUUUAGUUUUUGUAGUGAGUUUUGAUUUUCUUUAGUGUUUUUUCAACUUAUUUUGUCUAUUACAUGCAUUUCCUAAAACAUUUUAUAAGGGAAACAAUGAGAGCUUAUUAGAUUUAACUAAUUAAUUAAUCAAUCAAUUAAUUAUUAGAAUGUUGCUUUAAUAUUUCUUUUGUAGUUAAGUUAUUGAUAAAUAACAGAUUUCAUAGAA